UCUCCAGUUGGCCGCAGUGGCCGGGGCUGGGCCAGGCUGAAGCCAGGAGCCCGGAGCUCCAUCCGGGUCUCCCACGCAGGUGCAGGGGCCCAGGGACCUGGGCCAUCGUCCACUGCUCUCCCAGGCCACAGCAGGGAGCUGGAUCGGGAGUGGAGCGGCCGGGACUCAGACUGGCCCUGUGACGCGGGACGCCGGCCUCGCAGACGGCCCCUCAGUCCACGCACCACCGCGCCGGUGCCUGUCCGGGAACUCCCACGAGCACCGGGGUGUUUUCGGCACUGCGUUCCCCACGGACAUUUCGCUCGCUCACGGGAAGAUGGGCCGAGCCGGGCGCCCAGCACACGAGAGGGGGCUUUGAAUGCUAGGGACAGCGGUGGAGCUGGGGCAGAGGGAGGCUGUGGAUCCCCCGGGGCGCUGGGGAGAGGGGGCGCAGCCUGUGCAAAGGCCGGGAGGCAGGACAUGAGAGGGACUGUCCAGUGUGGCUGCCAAGGGGAGAGAGGGCCCAGGGGAGGCAGAGAGGCAGCCGAGGCAGCUUGGACAGGGCCUUGGGAGGCCUUGGACCUGGCCCCGGGCCGGGCCUCCUGCGACCCCCGCCCCCACCUCUCCCUGCUGGCCCCUUGUUUGCGCAUCCCGCGGGCAGCCAGGCGUCCCCAGGGAGGGCGCAGCUGGCUCUGGCAGGGCCCGCACACCUGGGGCCCGCGCCCUCUGCGCACCUGCGGUGUCGCCUUGCCCGGGCGGCUCGGGUUCCCGGAUCCCCUUACCAAGGCGGCUCGGCUGUCGCGCCCUGCGCCGGGGGAGGGGAGGCCGCAGGAAGCCGCGGAUCCGGCAGCAGUGGCCGCGGCUGCGACGACGGAGGCCCCGGAGGGUGGCCGAGCGUCCCCGGCCAUGGAGAGCCCCGCGGCCCGCGAGCCCCGGGGGACCGAGCCCCCGCGCGCGCCCGCGCCCCCGCCCGCGUCCCCCGAGCCCCCCGCCGCGCCCCGCGCCCGCCCGCGCCUCGUCUUCCGCACGCAGCUGGCGCACGGCAGCCCCACCGGCAAAAUCGAGGGCUUCACCAACGUCCGCGAGCUCUACGCCAAGAUCGCCGAGGCCUUUGGGAUCGCGCCCACCGAGAUCCUGUUCUGCACACUCAACAGCCACAAAGUGGACAUGCAGAAGCUGCUGGGCGGCCAGAUCGGCCUGGAGGACUUCAUCUUUGCCCACGUGCGCGGCGAGACCAAGGAGGUGGAGGUCACCAAGACGGAGGACGCGCUGGGGCUGACCAUCACGGACAACGGGGCGGGCUACGCCUUCAUCAAGCGGAUCAAGGAAGGCAGCCUCAUCAACAGGAUCCAGGCCGUGUGCGUGGGCGACAGCAUCGAGGCCAUCAACGACCACUCGAUCGUGGGCUGCCGGCACUACGAGGUGGCCCGGAUGCUGCGGGAGCUGCCCAAGUCCCAGCCCUUCACGCUGCGCCUGGUGCAGCCCAAGCGGGCGUUCGACAUGAUCGGGCAGCGGAGCCGCGGCAGCAGGGGGCCUGGGGACGCCCAGGUGGCCAGCGGCAGGGAGACCCUGCGGCUCCGCGCCGGCGGCGCCGCCACCCUGGAGCAGGCGCCCAGUCAGUUUGAGGAAGAGGCCUCUCAGAAGGUGGAUGACCUCCUGGAGAGCUACAUGGGCAUUCGGGACCCAGAGCUGGCGUCCACCAUGGUGGAGGCGGCCAAGACGACCGCCAGCGUCCGGGAGUUCGCGCGCUGCUUAGACUCCGUCUUGGGCGAGUUUGCUUUCCCGGACGAGUUUGUGGUGGAAGUGUGGGCCGCCAUCGGCGAGGCCAAGGAGGCCUGCGGCUAGGCUGCCCCGGGGCCCAGCGCAGCCCCAGCCCGGAGCCCCGCCCCCCGCCCCAGCCCGCCUCUCCAGUGCGGACCAGCUCCGAGCCCCGGCCCCCGCCCCAAGCCAGGCUGUGCGCCAGGGGCCAGGCCCACUCUGAGAUGGAGCCGC